AUUCGAGCUUGAACAUCAUAUAUACGAACAUCUAACGAGCCGAGCUCGAGCUCGAUUUCGAAUUCGACAUUAUCGAGCAUCACCCGAGCCGAACUCGAACCGAGCUCGAGCUUAGUAAGUGGGUGACGAGCCGAGCUCGAUCAUCAAGAUAAAAGCUCGAAUCGAGCUCGAGCCGAGCUCGAACACCCGAAUAUUUAAACGAGCCGAGCUCGAGCCUGCUAGUAUUCGGCUCGGCUCGGCUCGUUUACAGCCCUAGAAAUGUCAACAAUGUCCAAACCCCUAUAUAGAUUCAUAAAAUACCAAAUCCCAACUCUCACAGCGUAAGAUUGCUAGAGCGUGGGAGAUGAUACACAGAGGAGAGAAAUCUGCGAUUUGAAGAGAGAAAAGAGCUACAAUCUGCGAUUUGAAGAGAGAGAAAAUGGACGGGCCUCCGGUUAAUGAUGUAUGCUCGAUAUGCCAUCAGAACUUUCACAUUCCUUGUCAAGCCAAUUGCAGCCAUUGGUUCUGUGGUAGUUGUAUCUUACAAGUUUGGGAUCACACUUCUGCUCUUCGCCCAUGUAAAUGUCCAAUGUGCAGACGUGAGAUUACAUUGUUGGUUCCUAGUGUGGCACACCAUGCGGCUGAUGUAGCUGAGAUUUUGCAGAGGAUCGAACAUUACAACCGUCAAUUUGGUGGAAGUCCAAAUGGUCUCAUGCAGAGAAUGCAAGACCUUCCUUUUCUUCUUAAGAGAUUGUUACGGGAUAUAAUGAAUCCUCAAAAUGCACUUCCAGUUGUUAUGAGAGCACGCGUUUAUUUGGCAAUGGUUCUUAGUGCUAUGUAUGUCCUUAGCCCUGUCGACAUCAUCCCCGAAGCACUGCUAGGUAUCAUUGGUUUGCUGGACGAUCUUAUUGUCGUUUUCACAUGUUUCAUGUAUGUUGCUGCCCUUUACCGAACUGUUCUCGUUAAUCGCCAUGGAGGUGCUUGAGAUGGAAUCAGAUAAUCUCGUUUUCUAAAUUUUUUGUACCCAGAGAAAAUACUGUUUCCUUUAUCAAUUAGCAUAGAUAAUUCAAGCAAAUGUUCAAUAUGUACUUAAUUUUGGAAUCCAAAGAAAAUAUUGUUUCCUUUUUCAUGUAGCAUAGAUAAUUAAAGCAAAUGUGCAAUGUGUGUACUGUUUUGUGAUACAAUGUGAAGAUCGAUAGUUUGUUAUACAGUUCAUACAUGUUUCAACUA